CUUUGUGCUUUUCAAGACAGCGAGGCGACACAAGGAAAAAAAACAGCUGGAUCCAAGGAUCAGUCCUGCUAGCGGCUCGGCUAGCUGUAACACCCCUUCAAGCUAGCGCUUUCUCCUCGGCUGCCUGACUUCCAUAAGCUGGUGGUGAGGCUGAUGAUGAGGUGUGAACAUGGAGGCUCCUGAAUACCUGGACCUGGAUGAGAUCGACUUCUCUGAUGAUUCAGCGUAUUCUGUGACGUCUCUGAAGAGCAUCCCAGAGUUGUCCAGGAGGAGUGAUGUCCCAGCCGAGGAGAGACCAGCUCCAGCCAUCAACUGGAGUCGCAGCGUUUCCUCCCACACCGGCGGGGGAAUCAAACCCACGGGGCUCGCUGAGGUCCACAGUAAGUUCCGGCCCGUGAAGAGGGUCUCCCCUCUCAAACACCAACCAGAGACCACCGACUCUGACUCAGAGGGUAAAGUCCAGGGCCUGGGCCUGGGGGAGCCGGGGGAGGCCAGUAAGGAUGACCCCAGCUCGGACAAAACGACUCCUGCCUCCACCUCCUCUGACGGGCCGGGAGGGAAGGCGAAGGGCCUGGGCGGCGGCGUUGGCGUCGUUGGAGGGAUCAACCCCCAGGCUCUAUUCGGGGAGCUGGAGCACUAUGAUCUGGACAUGGACGAGAUCCUGGACGUGCCUUAUAUCAAGUCCAGUCAGCAGAUGUCCACGCUGCCUCGGGUCCCCCACGACAAGCGCUCGGUGACGGGGAGCAACCUGGGCGGAGGGACCCUGGAGAGGACCCGGGGAGGGGGGCUGAAGAGCUCCGCUUUAGCCCUCAACGAGCCUCUGAGCCUGGGCAGCGGCAGCUCACAGACUCAGUAUUGUGUUCUGUCUCCGCUGAAGUGGUCAGACCUGAGGAAGUCCAAGUCGAUGGAUCCAGACCUCCAUCACCUCCACCGCUCCCCGGCUGGAGGAGGCUACCAGUCGGAGCUGCUCUCCUCCGGACUCCUCAGCUGCUCCUCCUCCGUCUCUUCUUUCUCUGAUGCAGACAAGCUGCUGUCUGCGCGGGUCUACCCAGACUCUCAGAACCAGAGGCCGGGAGUGGAGCCACCGGGGGGGGGCCCGGGGAUGAUGUUCCCCCUGCCCGGGUGCAGCGUCGGCAGGCAGGACGCCUCCAAGCCCAGGGCUCCUGGUCCAGGAGGAGGAGGAGGGGGCGGAGGCAGCAGUGGGCCCAGGGGGUUCGGAGGAGGUGGAGGAGCAGGAGCGGAGGUGGACGAGGAGACCAAGAAGAACCAGAACAUCAUCAACAUCGUCAGAGAGGGACAGAUGUCUUUGCUGCCUCACCUGGCAGCAGACAACCUGGAGCUGAUCAGAGACGAGGACGGGAACAACCUGCUGCACAUCUCGGCCUGUCAGGGCCACGCUGACUGUCUGCAGCAUCUCACCUCUCUGAUGGGGGAGGACAGCCUCAACGAACGCAACAACCAGCAGCUCACUCCCGCUGGUCUGGGAGUUAAGAACGGUCAUCUAGAGUGCGUGAGGUGGAUGGUGAGCGAGACGGAGGCCAUCGCAGAGCUGAGCUGCACCAGAGAACAUCCCAGCCUGAUCCACUACGCUGCCCGCUAUGGACAGGAGAAGGUCUUGUUGUGGUUGCUUCAGUUCAUGCAGGAACAGGCGAUCUCUCUGGACGAAGUCGACCAGAACGGAAACACUGCCGUCCACGUGGCAGCUCAGUACGGACACCUCACCUGUAUACAGACUCUGGUGGAGUACGGCUCCAAUGUGACGGUCCAGAACCAGCAGGGGGAGCGGCCUUCCCAGAGUGCCGAGCGGCAGGGACACACCACCUGUGCUCGGUACCUGGUCGUCGUGGAAACCUGCAUGUCGUUGGCCUCCCAGGUUGUUAAACUCACCAAACAGCUCAAUGAACAGGCAGCAGAGAGGAUUACUCUACAGAAACAACUGCAGAGACUGAUGGACCCCACAGAUGGGACACCUUCCAGAUCACCCAGCUCCCAUCAGCCCUCAGUGGAGGCGUGGCCGGAGAUGAUGUUGACAGCGGAGGGGACUCCAGGUGACGGUUGGUUGGUUCGUCAGGGAGGGGUGGGUCCAGACCCGGUGCUGCGGCAGCUGCUGGGGAAGGACAUGUCGGACACGCUGUGUCCCAGGGAGAGGCUGCCCCCGGCGGGCGGCCCCGGGGCCCCUGGGGCCCGCAGGACCGGGCUGGUGGAGAGGAGAGAGCUCAAACUAGCGAGACUCAAGCAGAUCAUGCAGCGCUCUCUGAGCGAAUCCGAUUCGGACGGUUAUCCGCCAGAGGAGGGUAAAAGUCAAGGCGCCUCAGCCUCAAACACACUGCGACCUGAUAGGCCGUCCCAUUUGCCAAUCGCAGAGGAGGAGCCAGCGUCAAACCACCUUAACCUGGUGAUGAGGAAGCACCUCCCUUCCUCCUCUUCCUCCUCAUGCAUAGCUGAGAGAAAGCUGGCGUUUUCUCUCAGCGGGUCAAAGUCGGCGGACAGCGUCGGUAUUAACCCCUCCCCCACCUCCAGCGACCCCGAGGCGGCAGACGGUAAAACACCAGACGCUUCCGGCGACCUCCAAGACGCCGCCAACGGCCAGAAAGUGGCCACCAGCCCCAAGAGCGCCCUGAAGUCGCCCUCGUCUCGCAGGAAGACAUCCCAAAAUCUCAAACUGAGGGUCACCUUCGACGAGCAGGUCCACAAGAGCUCCAAUCAGGAGGCGGAGCCGACCAAAGGGCAUCAUGGGAAGGAGAGGACUCCAACGGGAAGCUCUGAAAGCAAGCGGCCGUUCGGGGCGUUCCGCUCCAUCAUGGAAACGCUGAGCGGCAACACAAACCACAACAACAACAACAACAGUGGUGGUCAGUCAGGCUCCACCUGUCAGAACUCGCCUGGCAGGAAGUCUGAGAGUAAAAGCAGCCCAGGAGGAGGAGGGGCUAAGGGCAAGAGCAAAACCAGUAACGUUUAACCAACGAAUGCCUACUGAAGGCAGAGAGCACAUAACAAACAGACCGACAAAGCAAACGGCAAGAGGCAGCCGACAUGAGAAAUUUAUAUUCCAAUGGUAGCAGAGAUAUCGCAGACAUCCAUCAAGAAUAAACGUCCAUAACAAUCCACUCAAUGUAAACAAAUACAGGCUCAAAAAAGUGUUAAGAUGUAUUCCACAAGCUAAGUCACUGACUCCAUGGCAACAUCAUACACCCUGUUUACAUUACCCAAAGUAUCAUGGGAACUGCAGUUCCAAAGCUCUAAACAUAUACACACACACUAUGAUGAAUACAUGUUCUAGGAUAACAUGAGUAAUGGUAUUUCCAAGUGGGUUAAUGUAUCCUGAAAAACAAAUAAUUCAUGACAUCAAGUAACUAUGCCAUACACAAGCAAACAUAGCCAAGGGUUCAAAGGGUUAACACAUACUUUUUAAAUGACAGUAAAUUACAGCAGCAUAUGAAAAACACCAGACACUUAAUAUAACAUUGGACUUCGAGUGACCAAAUCGAAAGUGUGAUUUUUGUCACUCAAGAUAAGACUAAAGUUGUAUCUUCAGCUACAGAUUGUUUGGUCCAAACCACAGUGGUGAAAAAAAGCUGACUUUGCUUUAUUUUAGGGCAUACCAGCUGAUUACAAGCGGAUCUGGACUUGUUAAACAUACCUGUCAUCCUGCCAGCUUACCCUCUUAAACACAGGAGUCUUCGUGUGUUGGUUCAUAGUAAAAUGGUAAAAGGGACUUUCAGACAGAGCCAAUAAAAAGCCUGUCUGACUCUGGGUGAGAAAAGUUAACAUCUGCUCUCUUUUUACACAUAAUCCCUAGUUCACAUUACUACCACAAACACACUUGGUUACAUACUGAAUUAGUCAGCAAAAUAAAAGUUCCAGUCAAAGUCUUAUUAUUUUUUCACAAAAUAAUCUUUACUCAAUGUCCAUUUAGCAGCUUUUUCUGUGGCUUUAAACAGUAUCUCAUGGCUUGAGAGUGUGUCAGCUCCCAAAAAAAAGACUGUGAACUGUGAGUUAAGAUUAUUUUCUCAAACUACCAUUCCCAAAUUCAAGUUUAACACUCCAGUGACCAGACAUUUCCUCACACUUCUGUUUUCAUAAUUUCUAAUUAUCAAGUUUCUAAUGUUCUUUGCCUCUGACGUUUGACUUUUGAUGGUUUUUCUACAGAUGAAGGACUGAAACUCUGUUAAAGAUUAUGUUCACAUGUAUUUGACGGUGUUCUCCAGAGACAGGAAUCCCUUCAGAGUGAAUGAGAACAACCUGUGUGUUUAAUGUGUUUACUGAUAUUGAAGCAAUUGUUUAUGUUGACCGACUGAAGGAAGUGUGUUUGUGUAUUAAUCAGCAUCCUGCAGAAACCUCACAUAAUGCUACUUUUCAUAAAUUUUUUUAGUUUUGUCACAUUUAGUUUAAUGUCAGAUUACACAGAGUUCACUGGUCUGUUAAACUAAAACGUGUCUUCUAAAUGAAGGACGGUUUCUGGUUCUCUGCCACUCUGUUACUGAACUAAACACUAAAGAUGAA